UCGGCCUCUCCGCGCCCCCCGCGCGCCUGGCUUUGCGCGCGGCCGCCGGACAUGGCGCCGUGGGCGUUGUGGCGCUGCUGCCAGCGCGGCGUGGGCUGGGUGCCGGUGCUCUUCAUCACCUUCGUGGUCGUGUGGUCCUACUACGCCUACGUGGUGGAGCUGUGCAUGUUUACUCUUUAUAAAAAUGGAGAAUACGGAAAGGCCGUUGUUUACCUUUUGGCUUUCCAUCUGUUCUUUGUUAUGUUUGUAUGGUCCUAUUGGAUGACAAUUUUCACGUCUCCCGCUUCCCCCUCCAAAGAGUUCCAUUUGUCUAAAUCUGAUAAGGAACGAUAUGAAAAGGAAUUCAACCAAGAAAGACAACAAGACAUUUUGAGAAGAGCAGCAAGGGACUUACCUAUCUAUACUGCAUCCGCUGCAAGGACCGUCAGAUAUUGUGAAAAAUGUCAGUUGAUCAAACCUGACCGAGCACACCACUGCUCAGCAUGUGACCGAUGUAUUCUUAAAAUGGAUCAUCACUGUCCUUGGGUGAAUAACUGUGUAGGAUUUUCUAAUUACAAAUACUUCCUGCUGUUUUUAUUAUAUUCCUUAUUAUAUUGCCUUUUUGUGGCUACAACAGUUUUACAAUACUUUAUAAAAUUUUGGACGCUUUGCCGCAGGAAAUCUACAGAAAAUUGCCCCAAGAACGAACUUACAGAUACACGUGCCAAGUUCCAUGUCCUUUUUCUUUUCUUUGUGUCUACGAUGUUCUUCAUCAGUGUCCUGUCACUUUUUAGUUACCACUGCUGGCUGGUCGGAAAAAAUAAAACAACAAUAGAAUCAUUUCGAGCACCCACAUUUUCAUAUGGACCUGAUGGAAAUGGUUUUUCCCUUGGAUUCAACAAAAAUUGGAGACAAGUCUUUGGUGAUGAAAAGAAAUAUUGGCUGCUACCAGUAUAUUCAAGUUUGGGUGAUGGUUGCAGUUUUCCAACUCGUCUUGUGGGGAUGGAUCCAGAACAAGCUAUACACCAGAAUGAAUAUGGCAGAAGUAUUGUCUCAAAUCAACCCUUUCCUAUCAAACCACUUAGUGAAUCAAAAAAUCGAUUGUUGGACAGUGAAUCUCAAUGGACAGAAAAUGGAACUGAAGACUGCAUUGUCAGAUCAGGGACAAAUAACCAUGUUACAGUGGCAAUAGAAAAUUGAGUACCUCUUGUUCAUAAUUAACCAUUUGAAUUAAAGCAAGGUGUAUAAGAACAUCAUGAAUUGAUAUUUUCAGUUUCAUCCACAAGAAAAUUCAUGGGAUGAAGUAUAAUAGAAGAUGUAUUUUUUUUUUAAAAAGGAAGCCUUUGUACAGAUUGCUGAACACACAGACUAUUCCAGAGCAGCAAGAAUGCCUUAAUCUUAAUGCCUAUUUGUGCAACACUGAUUUGAAAGUUAUAAAAGUGACUAUUUUAUUUUGGAAAUAACAGUCUGUUAUGAGAUGCUGUGAGUUAUCAAAUCAAAUGUUAACAUAGCAUAUGUAUUUUUUGAUACAGGAAUUGCAUUAUUAAAAUUGUUUCUUAUUCAUACAGACAUUCACUCCAGAAAUACAAGCUAAAGUCUUGUCAGAUGUGAAGUGUAUCUAGGACAGUAGAAGGACUGAGAGUGAAUAAUAAUAUGCAAUUAAGUUGCUUGUACUGUGUAUGAGGCAAAAAUAUUUGUUUUUUUAAUUGGGUUAUUGCUACUUUUUAAUUACUGUUUUCUACUUGUCAGCAUUUUUAAUGAAUUUUUUAUUGUUAGCUAAAAAUAACACUCAGAAGGAUUCAGAUAUCAAAAUAAUUUAAGGCAUGGGACACUUGAAUAAUGCAUUGAAAUCUAAACUUUAAGCAUUAAUAUACCACAUAAUUUGAUAUUUUGCCCAAGACUAAAGGAAGUAAUAGCCAGUGUAAAGAAUAUUUUUUGGGCUAGAGCAAUAUAGUUCAGUGGGUAGGGCAUUUGCUUUGCACAUGGCUGACUGAAAUUGGAUCCCUAGCAUCCUGUAUGCGCCUGAGCACCAUCAGGAGUAAUUCCUGAGUAUAAGCCAGGAAGAACCCUGAGUAUUAUCUAAAACACUACUGUUACCCUAAAACAAAUAAAUAGCUUUGAUUUUCUCUGCUAUUGAAUAACUAUUUGUUGAGCUUUUGAGCUGUUAUAAACUAUUUUCAGGGGCCAGAGCAAUAGUACAGCAGUAGGGUGCUUGCCUUCACACAGCCAACCUAUGUUCAAUCCCUGUUAUCCCAUAUGGUCCCCAAGCACCACCACGAGUACUUCCUGAGAGAAGAGUAACCAUUAAGAAUCAUUGGAUAUGACCCAAAAAACAAACAAAAAGAGUUUUCAGUCCUGGCAAUAUAUUCAGUGGCAGAGUAUCUAUCUUGCAUGUAUGAAGCACUAGGUUGCCUUUCCUCCCAAAAUAUUUUUUUCUUUAGUCCUGAAGUAUGUCAAGUUGCAACUCACUGUUGGGUUUGCUUUCAAAUACCAAUUUAAGUAUUGACUAAGAAUUACUUGGGAACUUUUUAUAAUAACAGCUUUAAAAAUUCAUAGCUUUUGUUCUUAAAUACAAAAAUUUGUAAAAUGUUAAAUAUAACUUUGGGGGGACUUAAGGUUUGCUUUUGUUUUGUUUUUCUUUAUUGUUAUUGUUGUCGGUUUAUUUUUUGAGCCACAUUGGAUGGCACUCAGCAGUCUGCCCAUGUGAUGCCAGUAGUAACCUCAGGCCUUCUUCAUAAAAAACAUGUACUCUAAAACAGCAAGGACCCUUUCCUGCUUAGACAAGUAACUAUCUUCCAUUUCCUUUUGAAAUCCUGAAGGUAACAAGAAUGGUUGCAUUCAUUUAUUUUUAAGAAGAAUACUGUAUGAUUGAUAAGGCAGAAAUGUUUGUUACUACUUAUUUCUCUUCAUUUAAACACAAAAUUAUUGCUUCCAGUAGUACAGAGAUACAUCUAACCAGCAUUAGAUCAAUAAUUAUAACUUACCAUCUAAUUCCAAUAUAAAGGGAUAUGGUAUUAGAAAUGAGUUGGUUAACCUGUAACUUUGUGUUUUCCUAAUUUUUCACAAUAACUUUCAUCUUAAACUAGGGACAUAGAUAACUCAGUGGACUGGAGCAUGUUUUUUCUAUGUAGGACCCCAGUUUGACUCACCCAGUGACUUCAUGAUACCUCAGUACCCAGCAACCCAAAUACCAAGCCAGGAGUAGUUCCCAAAAUAAAGAACUGUGGUCUUCAUUCACCCAGCAAACAUUUUGGAAUCAUUUUUCAUGCUAGGAAUAGCUUUGAACUUUGCCAUGUAUUAUAAAUUAGUAAGCAGCUAUGCCAGGAGUACAACUCCUAGCAUUUGUUAAUUUUAUUGUUUAUUCUAAUAUUCAGUUUUACACAGAAGUAACUUUUUCCCUUUGAACCAGAACAAUCAACCAAAAGAAAAGAUCCUUUGGAAUACUGUAUUAUGAAUUCUUAACCUUUUAACUGUAGUCUUAAAAGUAUCAAUUCUAGAAAACAAGUGUAAGGUAAGCAGUGUCACUUAACCAUUCUUAAGAAUCACUUCAUCUUGUAUUACAAAGAAACAGUAAACACUGAAGCUUCCUUAAUCUCAGAAGUGUUCUCCUUACUAUGAGCUUUUGUACUCAUAAUUACCACCUAAGGAAACAUAAAUUCACCCCUUUAAUUCAAGAAUUAUUAUGGAAUCAUAGUCUUUCCCCUUCCAUAUUUUUUAUUUUUGUUACAGCAAAACAAGCACCUUUCAGAAACUUUAUUUAAAGCCUUUUAGUUACUUCUGUGUAGAUUAUAGCCAACAUUUUGCCACAUUCUAAACAAUGUUAGUCUGUGUUUAUUCAUGUAUGUGAAUGACUUUUUAUCAAGGUCAUAUAAGUGGUAUAAGAAACAGGAAGGCUGCCGCCUUUCUGUUAUUUGGUAUGGCUUGCACUUUGGGGUGUAAAGGAUAAAAUGAAACUCUCUCAAUUUAUGAGAACUCUUUGGUCCUUCAAAUACUUGAACAGUCAUGAUGAUAAGCAAAGGAAAUGAAGUUGAACUUCAGGUCUUAAGACUACCAUUAAACAAACUAGAAAGUCAGUUUUACCUGUAUACAAAUUUAGUUGAAUAUUUAAUACCUGACACAUACGAAUUUUUAAUACCUGACAUAGGUAUCACUAUACUAAACCAAAGAGCAGCUGCAGUUAGUAGUUAGUAAGCAUAAACAUGUUUACAAAGUUUAAUUUCAUUUUACAUAUGGAUGCUUUUUUUUAAAAAAAAAAAAAAAAAACCUUUUUACAGGGGUCAGGGAUGUGACUCAGGUAGAGUGUCUACUUUGCAUGUAUGGGUUUGAUCCCCACCACUGCAAAUGAAAUAUUUUUACAUGUUUAGUGCUUAUAAUCCAAUGUUACCUAAGCAAAUUUAACUUUAAGACUAGUUUAAAUCAGAUAUGGAAUGUUUACUUGAAUUUCAUUUCUAUUGAAAAGAAAAAUUUUAUUGUGUUUACAAGAUUGUUUGAAAGUUGUCAAAUGUGAUUCCAUUCACUUAUCUUUAAAGCAAAUGUCUAUUAAGAGCUUAGUGUUAAGAUCUGCAUAUUUGGGAACUAAAGAGCCAGUAACUUACCAAUAUGUUUCACUGACCUUUUGUUCUAAGACUAGUACUGCUAUCAGUUAAAGUAUUUUUAAUGAAUCUAGUAAAAAGUUACAAUAUUUUUGCAUUUAGCCAAAAUAAACAUAUCUAAUCUGAUACUGGUAAUAAUAUACAUUUUAAAUCCAUGUGUCUAAUCAGAUCUAAACUGUAUUUUCCAAUUUGAAUAAAAAUGCAACGUAGAUUCAGAAA